CCGGCCAGCGGCGCCGACCGCGGCCCAGCCAGGCGCCGCGAUGCGGCUCACGGCGGCCGCGGCCCUCCUCGGCACUGCCGCGGCGACCGCGGGCCGGCGGGGGGGUACCAUCUACGCCGUCGGCGGGAACAACCUGUGGGGGCAGGGGCUGGGCCAAGAGGCUCCUCCCACUUUCGUGCCGGUCUUCCUCGACGCCGAGGCAGUCGACGCCUCGGAGACCCACUGGGGCUGCCUGAGAGCUGGCUCGGCUCUGAUGAUCGGCGGCAACAGCUACGGCCAGCUCGGGGACGGCUCGAACCAGAACAGGAACAGCCUGGUGGAGGUGGUCGGCUUGACCGACAGUGUGCAGGCCAUCAGCGCUGGCUACGAGUAUUCUCUAUUCCUUCUGCAGGACGGCGGCGUCAUGGCCGCUGGCAAGAACAAUUUCGCGCAGCUGGGCGACGGCACGACGCAGCAGAGGAGUUCGCCCGUGCCCGUUGCGAUUGAGGGCAACGUAACGGCGAUUUCUGCUGGGAAGACGCACUCCGUCUUCCUCAAGGCUGACGGCACAGUGUGGUCUGGUGGGCUGGGUUGGUAUGGGCAGCUGGGCCACGGCGAGGCAACGAAAAGUAGCAUGACGCCGAUGCAGAUGGCAUCGAUCACUGGCGUGCAGGCAAUAUCGGCGGGCAACAUGCACACCCUCCUGCUUCGCGAAAACGGCGAAGUGUGGGUCACGGGGGAUGGCUCGGUUGGGCAGCUCGGGCUCGGUGACGGCGUCAGCUCGACAAUGACGCCCGUGGCCAAUCCACACCUGCCGAGCAGCGUGCAGGCAGUCGUCGCCGCCGAGUUCUCCUCCUUCUUCCUAGCAGGCGACGGCGGGGUCUGGGCCUCGGGCUGGAACGAGAACGGCAUGCUUGGGGACGGCUCCACCGAGAAUAGGCACCUCCCCGUGCAUGUCCUCGGCGACGUGCAGGGCGUCUCGUCGCUGGCGCAGCACACGCUCUUCCUGAGGUCCGACGGCAGCGUCUACGCGACCGGGGAGAACGAGUACGGUGAGCUGGGCACGCAGAUCUACGGCAGCGCUGUGCAGCCGGAGCUGGCGGCGAUCAGGAACGUGACCUCCGUGGCAGCGGGCCACCACUUCAGCCUGUUCCUGACGGGCGGCGGCCUGGAGCUCGAGGAGAGCGUCGGCAGGCCCUGCCUGGCCGGCACCCCUGUCAACCAGACCGGGAGCACGCUCGAGACGGGCAUGCAGCACGAGGACCGGCAGCGAAGCCUCCCGUGUGGCGGAGUUUCCUUCGGCGCGGUGGACGUCAAGUGCUUCAACGGCGCCGUCGUGGUCCGGAUGACCAUUGUGUAGACUCCUGCGCAACAUUAUUGGCUCCGACAUUGUCCCCGACUCCAGUGCACAUUCCCACAGCGGCCCCGACUCCGACACCCGCAGUGGCCCCGACCCCGGCGCCCACGGACUUCGCUUUUUGCGAGCCUGGCGGCACGGCUCUCUUGAACGGUACCGAGGUCGAGGUCAGCUUGAGUAUGGCGCUGGAGCACCAGGGGCAGCGCAGUGUUGCAUGUCCCGCGGGCUUGAUGGGCGCUGUGACCUUGCAGUGCUUGGAUGGCAGCCUCGACGUCGUGCACCAUGACUGCGCCAGCCGAGUGCUGAGGCCCACGGGCGUCCCGACCUCGGCGCCCACGCUGGCCCCGACCUCGGUGCCCGCGGAGACGCCGACCCCAGCGCCCACGGUAGCUCAGACUCGGGUGCCCACGGCAGCCCCGACUUUGGCGCCCACGGCCACCCCGAUUGGUUGUGAUUCUGCCGACGCGGGGGGACUGGAUGCGCUCAGGGUCGUCGAUUGUCCAGAAGGUCAAGUCGGCGCCUU